AUGCUCUCAUUUGAUAAAACUCCAAUAUCCAGCCACGACUCCGUGAAGCUGAUCAAGUUCGCGGACGACACCACCCUCAUUGGACUCAUCUCCAACAACGAUGAGUCCGCCUACAGGAGGGAGGUGGACCGGCUGGUGUCCUGGUGCAGUGGUAACAACCUGGAGCUGAACGCCCAGAAGACAGUGGAGAUGAUUGUGGACUUCAGGAAGAGCACUGUCCCCCCGCCCCCACCCUCCGUGAUGGACUCCCCCAUCACCUCUGUGGAGUCCUUCCGUUUCCUGGGCACCACCAUCACCCAGGACCUCAAGUGGGAGCCGACCAUCAGCUCCCUCAUCAAGAAGGCCCAGCAGAGGAUGUACUUCCUGCGGCAGCUCAGGAAAGCCAAGCUGCCUGCACAGAUGUUGGUGCAGUUCUACACGGCCAUCAUCGAGUCCAUCCUCACCUCCUCCGUCACCGUGUGGUUCGCUGGAGCCACAGUCAGGGACAAACAGAGACUACAGCGCAUUGUGCGCUCUGCAGAGGAAGUGAUCGGCCGCAGCCUUCCAUCGCUGCAGGACCUCCUUUACUCCAGUCAGCCUACAGGAGAUGGAGGCUGUCGUGAGCAAAAUGAAACUAUCAUCGAGUCCUGCUGA